AUGGAGUUUGACUUCGACGUCGGUCGGGUCCUCGUGCCCUUCGCGCUGGAGGGAGAUGCGGGUGAGGGCACGCCCCAGGUGGCGCGCUUGGACGACUCCGCUCUGAACGGCGGGAAGGGCGCCCUUCUUCGCGAGCUGCUGGGCGUUCUGGGCGAGGGAUCCAGGCGCGCCCAGGGCUUGUCGAAGCCCGUCACCACAGCCGGACCGCUGAUGUCGAACAGAAUCUAUUUGCUCUACAUGGGACGGUACGCCCUGGGACUGCUGAAGGUCGGGACUAAGCGGCUUUUCGUGUCCCGCGGCGAGAAGGAGGGCUUGGUUGACAUCUCGCCCACCUGCGUGUUGGACUUCUACGUGGUGGAGGGGCACCAGCGCGGAGGCCUGGGCCGGCGCUUGUUCGACACGAUGCUGCGAUGUGAGCACACCUCGCCAGAGAGGCUUGCGUAUGACCGGCCCUCGCCGAAGCUGAUCGGCUUCCUGAGAAGACACUAUGGCCUGGCGCCGUACCAGCCGCAGGCCAACCACUUUGUGGUCUUCGAUGCCUACUGGGCCAAAGCAGGGGUCGACCCGGCCCGGAGUCGCAGCUCAGCUCCAGGCCAGAGGGCCCGGGAACUGGCGGCAAAACUUCCGCCUGCGCCGGUACCUUACGUAGCUGGUCGACAGGAAGAUCCGCGAGUGCAGGUGAUACCUCCUUGGGCUUCUGCACCAUCCCUGCGCCAGAGCCGUACAGGAAGUCGAGGCCCUUUCCAGCGCGCUGGCCAAAGCACUCUGUCCUCGCCAAUGUCGCUGGUGGCUGCCAUGGCCCAGGGCAACCUCUGA